UUUUAAUUAGUCUUCUUUCUGAUCCUUUACCAGUCCAAAUCUCAGGACAGAAGCAAUGGCUCACGCGCUGACAACCACCAUCACAGUGGCGGACGUGACCUGCAACUCAAACGUCCCAAGCGCCUUCCUCCACCCUGCAGCCACUAAACCCACUUUUCUUUCCUCUUUCCCGUUCAACUCUUUUCCCCGUAGAAAAUUCAAUGCCAAGCCCAUCUCAGCCGUGGCCACAACACCACCAGCCCAGAAGGAUUGGAGGCCAGAUAGCUGGAAAUCCAAAACAGCGUUUCAGCUCCCAGAAUAUCCGGAUAAAUCUGAUCUUGAAUCAGUUCUAAAGAUCCUUGAAUCCUUCCCUCCUAUAGUUUUUGCAGGGGAAGCUAGAAACCUCGAAGAAAAGCUCGGCCAGGCUGCACUUGGGAACGCUUUUUUGUUGCAGGGUGGUGAUUGCGCUGAGAGCUUUAAAGAAUUCAAUGCCAAUAAUAUUAGGGACACUUUCAGAGUCAUUCUGCAGAUGGGGGUUGUGCUCAUGUUUGGUGGUCAAAUGCCUGUUAUUAAGGUGGGAAGAAUGGCAGGCCAAUUUGCAAAACCAAGGUCAGAUCCAUUUGAAGAAAAGGAUGGUGUGAAGCUGCCUAGUUAUAGAGGCGAUAAUGUGAAUGGGGAUGCUUUUGAUGAAAAAUCAAGAAUACCAGACCCCCAAAGGAUGAUCAGGGCUUAUACACAAUCUGCGUCUACAUUGAACCUACUCAGGGCAUUCGCUACUGGAGGAUAUGCUGCCAUGCAGAGGGUUUCUCAGUGGAAUCUUGAUUUCACUGAGCACAGUGAGCAGGGGGAUAGGUAUCGGGAAUUGGCUCACCGAGUUGAUGAGGCUCUUGGCUUCAUGGCUGCUGCUGGUCUUACAAAUGGUCAUCCAGUCAUGGCUACAACUGACUUCUGGACUUCACAUGAGUGCUUGCUUUUGCCUUACGAGCAAUCACUAACAAGGGAGGACUCAACUUCAGGCCUUUAUUAUGAUUGCUCUGCCCACAUGCUCUGGGUUGGAGAGCGCACAAGGCAGUUGGAUGGCGCCCAUGUUGAGUUUGUGCGAGGAAUUGCCAACCCACUUGGCAUCAAGGUGAGUGAUAAGAUGGAUCCAAACGAACUGGUUAGGCUCAUAGACAUUCUGAAUCCUCAGAAUAAGCCAGGCAGAAUAACAGUGAUCACCAGAAUGGGAGCUGAGAACAUGAGGGUGAAGCUUCCACAUCUGAUCAGGGCAGUUCGCAGAGCAGGUCAAAUUGUCACUUGGGUCAGUGACCCCAUGCAUGGAAAUACAAUUAAAGCUCCUUGUGGACUGAAGACCCGUUCCUUUGAUUCAAUCAGGGCUGAGGUGAGAGCAUUCUUCGAUGUACAUGAUCAAGAAGGAAGCUAUCCUGGGGGUGUGCAUUUAGAAAUGACAGGGCAAAAUGUGACAGAAUGCGUUGGAGGUUCUCGGACGAUUACUUACAAUGAUUUGAGCUCACGAUAUCACACACAUUGCGACCCAAGACUCAAUGCUUCUCAAUCACUUGAGCUUGCUUUUAUCAUAGCAGAGCGACUUCGCAGGAGGAGGCUCUUACCACAACAAAGGCUGUCCUCCUCGAAGGUCUAAGAGCUUUGACUUGUCAUGCUGCACCUUAGUUUUCUCACCCAGGCAUAUGCCAUGUGGUGUUGACAUGGGUUUUAGGUGUUUUUAGUAAGCUGUAAGGUAUAUGGCUAUUUGCUUGAGAAUCCAGGCAUGAGCACACACACACACACACACACACACAUCCAGGUUCUAAGUUCAUGAAAAACUGGAAAAAACAAUGCAGCUUGUGGUUGUAAAAUAUUUUGGGAGUAUGAAGGAAGGCCAAUUUGAACGAGUCUAGAGGCUAAAAAAUGUUCAGGAUUGUAUUGCUGGAUACACAUAGUUUUUUGUAGAUCAAGUAGCCAGUUGGCCUUUAGUUCUUCAUGCAUUCAACAGGAGCAAGGGACUUCUGGUCCAGAUAAUUGUAGGAGUAACAAUAAUAUAUCACCUGAAGAGUUCGUUGUAUAUGUGAAAUUUUUAGUUUUAUGGUCUA